ACACAGAGUUGUUGGAGUUGCUGUCAGUAAUAAGGUAAUAUGGUUGUAUAGUUGCCCCCCGCGCGCUGUUUGACCACAGCUGGAGCUGGAGGAGCACGAGCGCUAUCCGCGGUGCUGAAAGCUGAAGAGACGAGAGGAGAGAGAGAGAGAUGAGGAGACAGCAGCUCUCUGUGGCGGGCUUUCUACUGCUACUGUCACUGAGUGUGGGUCAGUGUAAGGAGGUGGACAAUGCUGCAAGGACACGACAUGUCCCAAUGUCUCCCUCUGAUUUUCUGGAUAAACUGAUGGGCAGGACGUCUGGAUAUGAUGCCAGGAUAAGACCAAACUUUAAAGGUCCUCCAGUUAACGUUUCCUGUAACAUUUUCAUCAACAGCUUUGGCUCCAUUGCUGAAACCACCAUGGACUACCGUGUAAACAUCUUCCUCCGUCAGCAGUGGAACGACCCCAGGCUCGCUUUUACUGAAUACCCAGAUGACUCUCUGGACUUGGACCCCUCUAUGUUAGACUCCAUAUGGAAACCGGACCUGUUCUUUGCCAAUGAGAAGGGGGCCCACUUUCAUGAAGUCACUACAGAUAACAAACUGCUCAGGAUAUUCAAGAAUGGGAAUGUUUUGUACUCUAUCAGACUAACAUUAACUCUGUCAUGCCCCAUGGAUCUAAAGAACUUCCCUAUGGAUGUCCAGACGUGUAUCAUGCAACUGGAGAGCUUUGGUUACACCAUGAACGACCUGAUCUUUGAGUGGCAGGAGAAUGGACCAGUCCAAGUGGCCGAAGGCCUCACGCUCCCACAGUUCCUCCUCAAAGAUGAAUCAGACCUCAGAUACUGCACCAAGCACUAUAACACAGGUAAAUUUACGUGUAUUGAAGUGCGCUUCCACCUGGAGCGUCAGAUGGGCUACUACCUGAUCCAGAUGUACAUCCCCUCUCUGCUCAUUGUCAUUCUGUCCUGGGUCUCCUUCUGGAUCAACAUGGAUGCUGCCCCAGCCAGAGUGGCACUGGGCAUCACCACUGUCCUCACAAUGACAACACAGAGUUCAGGCUCCAGGACUUCACUGCCUAAGGUCUCCUAUGUGAAGGCCAUAGACAUCUGGAUGGCGGUGUGUCUCCUCUUCGUCUUCUCCGCCCUGUUGGAGUACGCUGCUGUCAACUUUGUGUCAAGGCAACAUAAAGACCUGCUGCGAUUCAGACGGCCUACCAAGAGCAAGAGCAAGAACAGUGGAGGUGCAGUUGAUCCAGAGGAGCUAGCUGCAUCCCUUCGUCGUGUUAAUGUUGACGACGACCUCAAACCAACAGACCCUCCUUAUGGAUCUAUGACCAACAUCUACACCAGCAACCACAGGGAAAGGGAAGUACAUGAGGGCAGACCGACCUCCACAGCCGCUGUGACCUCCACUCCGAGCAACAGCAAGGACUCGAAGGCCAGCGCCAACAAUACUGUAACUGUACUGAACACCACAGGAGCCGCAGCAAACACUACCCAGAAUCCACCUGGGGCAGCGGCAGGCGGAGGUGGUAAAAGCAUCGAAGAGAUGAGGAAGUUAUUUAUCGACAGAGCCAAAAAGAUUGACACUGUGUCGAGGGCCGGCUUCCCUCUGGCCUUUCUCUUCUUCAAUAUAUUCUACUGGGUUCUUUAUAAGAUACUUCGACAUGAAGAUGUACAUAGCAAAUAGAGAAAGAAAUUCAUAUUUACUAUGUGUGCGCACACACACACAUCCUUCAUAUGAGGACACUUCAUUAACUACCUUUAUUUCCUUUUUCCUUCAGCCUGACCUUGAGAACCAUUCAGACCUCACUUGAUUCUGAAGUACAGCGAUCAGUUCUCACAGAUAAUGUUCAAAAACACAAAAGGAUCAAGAAUAAGCAAAUCAAAGAGUAUGAAUGAUGAUUUUAUUUCUCUCUAAAAGACACUGACGGUAGAGAAUAUCCAAAGAGUUGAUUGUUUACACAUCUGGACAGUGUCUGGAAUAGUAUGCGUAGACAUAUCCAGCAUAUGGAUAUGUCCUAUAAAUUCAAAGUUAAAAAAUAAUCUCCCACUAAUGAGUGAUGUGGCCCAUGUGACUCAAUAUAUAUUACUUUAUUAUCAGCAUCAUCAAUCUGCUGUGGAAUGAGUCAGAGCCCUGGAAUUCAUGUGUUGAUGUAGUUGAGGGAGCUUUACACCAGAAUUAUUACACACUAAAUAUCUGGUCACAUUUACACAAACUUUGGUUUAUAAAAGAUUCAUACCGCUAGAUAUAAGACAAUCAUAGCAGCCAUGUAGAACUGC